CUCCCGCUCCCGCUGCGGGCGGCAGAGCAAAAGGCGGGGAUCGGGCAGCAGGGCCCGCACCAAACCCGCCCCCGCCCCCGCCCCUCCACUGCCGGACGAGGACCAGCAGCAGCAGCAGCAGCAGCAGGAGGAGGAGGAGGCGAUGAUGAUGAUGAAGAGCAGAGUCUGAAAAGGCAUGGAUGUUACAUGAAUCACUGGAAAGGCUGCAGACGACUAUGAAUUCGGCAGAAGCUUUCUGCUCGGCCAACUAGAUAAAGAUGGAUGAAUCCGCCUUGUUGGAUCUGCUGGAGUGUCCUGUGUGUUUAGAGCGUCUCGAUGCUUCUGCAAAAGUCUUACCUUGUCAGCACACUUUUUGCAAACGCUGCCUCCUGGGCAUCGUAGGUUCUCGCAAUGAACUUCGGUGCCCAGAGUGCCGGACCCUGGUGGGCUGCGGAGUGGACGAGCUUCCCAGUAACAUCCUCCUAGUACGGUUACUGGACGGGAUCAAGCAGCGGCCUCGGAAGUCUGGCACCGGUGGUGGCGGCGGGACUAAUUGCACCAGCGCGUUGAGAGUCCAGAGCGGCCCGGUGGCUAACUGUAGCGCUAAAGAACCUCAGAUCUCUCAAGGUGGACCGCAGCAGAGAGUGCAAGCCCGGAGUCCCCCGGUCAGGGGUGUGCCUCAGUUACCAUGUGCCAAAGCAUUAUACAACUAUGAGGGGAAAGAACCAGGUGACCUGAAAUUCAGCAAGGGUGACAUCAUUAUUUUACGCCGCCAAGUGGAUGAGAAUUGGUACCACGGAGAAGUCAAUGGGAUUCACGGCUUUUUCCCCACUAACUUCGUACAAAUUAUUAAACCUUUACCUCAGCCCCCUCCUCAGUGCAAAGCACUUUAUGACUUUGAAGUGAAAGACAAAGAAGCGGACAAAGACUGCCUGCCAUUUGCAAAGGAUGAUGUUCUGACUGUGAUCCGCCGAGUGGAUGAAAACUGGGCCGAAGGGAUGCUGGCAGACAAAAUAGGGAUAUUCCCCAUCUCAUAUGUGGAGUUCAACUCAGCGGCCAAGCAGCUGAUAGAAUUGGACAAGCCCUCUGGCUCCGGCCUGGACUCUGGAGAAGGUCCCUCCGGGGCGACCCACAACAGCACAGCUCAGAAACACCCCGACACCAAGAAGAACACCAAAAAACGACACUCGUUCACCUCCCUCACCAUGUCCAACAAAUCCUCCCAGGCCUCUCAGAACCGCCACUCCAUGGAGAUCAGUCCUCCCGUCCUCAUCAGCUCCAGCAACCCCACCGCGGCCGCUCGGAUCAGCGAGCUGACGGGACUUUCCUGCAGUGCCCCUUCUCAGGUUCACAUCAGCACCACAGGGUUAAUUGUGACCCCACCCCCAAGCAGUCCGGUCACCACUGGGCCUUCAUUUACCUUCCCGUCAGAUGUUCCCUACCAGGCUGCCCUCGGAAAUAUGAAUCCUCCUCUCCCCCCACCUCCUCUCCUGGCUGCUGCAGUCGUUGCCUCCACAUCGUCUUCAGGUGCCACUGCUUCCGGUCUGGGACAAAGACCCACCACAGGCCCCACGGACCAAAUCGCGCAUCUUCGGCCGCAGGCCCGACCGAGCGUGUACGUCGCUAUCUAUCCCUACACCCCCAGGAAAGAGGACGAGUUGGAGCUGAGGAAAGGGGAGAUGUUCCUGGUGUUUGAGCGUUGUCAGGAUGGCUGGUUCAAAGGGACCUCCAUGCACACAAGCAAAAUAGGGGUCUUCCCUGGCAACUACGUGGCCCCAGUCACAAGGACAGUGACGAGUGCUUCCCAAGCUAAAGUCCCUAUGCCAACCACGGGCCAGGCGGGCCGGGGGGUGACCGUGGUCAACGCUUCGACAACGGGGGCGCUCUCUCAGAAAGCCCAGGGGAACGGGCUGGCCGGGGGAUCCGGUGCAGUCCCCACUGCCGUGGUCUCCGCCGCCCACCUCCAAACCAGCCCUCAGGCCAAACUUCUCAUGCACAUGACCGGCCAGAUGACAGUCAAUCAAGCCCGCAACGCUGCCCGGACAGUUGCGGUCCACAGCCAAGAACGCCCCACCGCAGCCGUGACCCCGAUCCAGGCGCAGAAUCCGGCCUGCCUCAUCCCUGCAAGCGUGAUUCUGCCCCAUCACUCGGCACCCCAGCCUCCCCAGCCUCAGCUUUCAACCUCCGUGGCUUACGUCACCGCUGUCAACAUCAACCGGGCAAACGUCCCGCUAGCCUGUGCUGCGGGGGCUUCACUCCCUCCUGCCAGCGCUUCGGCCUCUUCACUGGAGGCAGAGCUGAACGGCAGGCCUGGAGCGGCUCUCCCCGGCCCUCCGGCCUCUCCCGAGAAUGCCGCGGCCUCGUGCGGGGGCGGCGGGGCCCCCAGACCGGACAGAGACGGCAAGAAAGAAAAAAAGGGUCUCUUGAAAUUGCUUUCGGGAGCGUCCACCAAACGUAAGCCCCGAGUCUCUCCUCCGGCCUCGCCGACUCUGGAAAUGGAGCAGGGGGCGGCGGAAUUGGCCCUUCAGGGCGCGGUGGGCCCCGAAGUCCCACUGGGCGGUGGUGCCCAUGGCCGAUCCGGGCCCUGCCCCGCGGAUGGCGACGGCCCGGCCUCGACGGCCCAAGAGGCCCUCCACCGGAAGGCGAGCUCGCUGGACGCCAGCGUACCCAUCGCUCCUCCACCGCGGCAAGCGUGCUCCUCCUUGGGUCCUGUCCUGAAUGAGUCCCGGCCUGUGGUGUGCGAAAGGCACAGGGUGGUGGUCUCUUACCCACCCCAGAGUGAGGCGGAACUCGAACUCAAGGAAGGAGACAUCGUUUUUGUUCACAAGAAGAGGGAGGAUGGCUGGUUCAAAGGCACCUUGCAACGCAAUGGAAAAACUGGCCUUUUCCCAGGCAGCUUUGUGGAGAACAUCUAAGGACGCGUAUUGAGAGUUUCCACCUCCGCUCCACUAGGAAAUAGCACAAAAUAAUCUUGGCAGAAAGAGCACAGUCAUGGAUUGUCAGACGAUCAAGAGUUGAACGAAAUGAUCGCCAAAUAACUCCAGUGUCCGACAGCACAAUUACACCAGCGAACAGAGAUGAUGAAGACAUUAGCUGGCUUUGUCCCUUUGGAUUCUUAUGUGUAAGGUGUGCCUUGUACUGUCUGUCUGAUUGACUUGUACAGAGAAACCCUUUUUUUGUCGUUAGGUAACUAAAAUGGACAAUUGUUUACAAGGCUGUAACUAAUUUAUUUGGAUUUCAAACUUGAAUUCUUCUUGCAAAAGAUCAAUUCUUGGGAUUAUGACCUUAACAAAUUAUUAAUUUAUGAAAUGAUAGCUAAGGAGAAGCUGGAUUCUCUCCUGAUGAGGAAGUUAUUUCUUUAGACAGAGUACGUUUCUCUACUCUAUUUCCUCCAUUUUAAAUGGCGUAUGACAGUGGAGUAGAUCUUUUUGAAGUGUCAGUGUGAUCAGAUUGUGGCAACCGUGGUGUUUUGUGGAUCAUCAUUUCAAACUGAGGAAAUGUGAGGUCGUUUGUAUUCACGGUCAUGAGGGAAAUACUGGUUGUUCUCCAGUCUGGUUCUCCAACAACAUACACGUGCCCCAGAAGCAAUGUAACAUUUCUGGUAAAUGCAGAUGUACAAUUUAAUAGACAUCAGAUAUGUCCUUAGGGUGGCAAGAGGGAAACUGUGAAAACACCCCAAAGAUAGUCCCUGACAUUCUAGGUUAGUUGGAGGAUGUUGCUCCAAGAACUAACAUACAUUUCUUCUGUGGGAUGUUUGGGAAUUCCACAGAAUGCAAUCACUGAUAUGUAAGAUGAAAGCACAACACUAGGAAAAUAUAAACAUAUCUAAGAGACAGAUUUGUUUUUAUGACAAUAGCAACAUAAUCCCUUGAGUUGGAAAUUAGGUUAAAUUCAAGUUGUACUCACUGUCUGAGAAUGGCUCUGAAAUGUAGUUUGCUUUUUUUUUCUUUCCUAAGUGGUCUGCAUGCCCGGGAGACAUUAAAAACCAUGUUUGAGCAAUAGUGGUGGUAAGUGGUGCACUUGUGUUGAAGUAAAAGGCUGUAAGAGACACUGUGAAAAGUUUACUAACUUUUUAACCAUGGAGACUCUAGUCCAUUGUGAUUUCUUUUUCCCCACUGUCUUGCAUGUUGCUGAAUUCCCACAGUAAGAUAAACUGUGUAUGAUGUCGUGUUUUUCAUUGCAAUUUCCCAUUGGGGUGAAUUCGCCCUCAGAAAUGCUCAUGGCAGGGGAUGUAAAAAACACAAAAAACAGUAUUCUCUUCUACCCCCACCCAAAGUCACUAUACUGACAAGAACUCUGAGAGAAUUGAGAUGGCAAUUUGAGGGACCCGCCCGUCUGUUAGACAUGCCUUCCGACUUCCGUGCAGCCACUGGUUAAUUGGUGUUUCGGUGCGGGGCUUGACAUCGGGGAGCCAACCCACACCUUCCCAUUGUGGCAGGACCCAGCGAAGCUGCCCAUUUUCUCCUUUCCUUUGACCACGUUAGCCUCUCCUAGUGCUCAUGUUGUCAUGCCGGGUGGCAGUGGAGUCGGAAAAUACUUGAAAACCCAAAAGGUGGAGGAUUCGUAAGGUUGUGAGGUAAACCGUUGCCAUAGAUUUCUAUUUGACAAACAGUUUAAAAUUUUUUUUUUUUUUACUUUUAAGGAUUACAACUGGGAAAAUGUAAACAAAAACUACAGAGACUUCGUGUGACAGGAAGUGCCGUGGUCUUAAAUAUAUAUAUAGAAAGAGUUGAAUAUGAAUAUGAAAUCAUUCCUAAAUUAACCAUUUUUAUGAAACACUGUACAUUAUGUUCCUGUGUUUUAAAUAUUUUUUUAAAUAGUUUACUUGGACAGUCAUGUAAUAUAUAAAAUGGUUUUGUGAAAAAGAACUUUAGCUAAAAAAAGCUGCCAUCAGCUUUCAUCGGCAUAAGUUGACACUAAUGUGUCAUAUUCUUUAUUUUGGGAAAUUAGAGCAUUUUAUACAAAAAAAGAAAAAGACUACUACAGGUUAAAAUUCCUUUUUCUACCUGUCCUUUCUCCUUAUUUUAAGCUCUGUGAUUUCCUCUGUUAAUAGUUUCAUGGCGUAAAAGUCAGUUAAAACUUCAUCUGUUAAUAGUUCUGUUAGAUGAUAUAAUGUAUGACUUUUCUAUUGACCUUUUUGAAAACAGUAGUUUAAUGUUUUGUAACAAGGGCUUGUUCCCCAGCAGCGCAACAAUGAAAAAAUUGCAAUUUAUCAUGUCUUUCAUGUGAAUGAUUGGGGGAGGGGAGAUAGAUAAAAGGAUUCAAGAUUAAAAUUUGAUGUUCAACCUC